GCCUCAGCGCGGGCGGCGCGCAUGCGUGCUGGCGGUCUGCAUUGCGAGUCUGUCUGUGUGACUGGGCCUGGCGUGGGUUUGCUGCGUGACUGACCGAGGCUUCGCGUGGGUGGAGGAGGCGCGGGUGCAGUCUUUAAGAAUUAGAAAUGGCUUCCAAAAGAGCUCUGGUCAUCCUGGCCAAAGGCGCGGAGGAGAUGGAGACAGUGAUUCCCGUGGAUGUCAUGCGCCGAGCUGGGAUUAAAGUCACCGUUGCAGGCUUGGCUGGGAAAGACCCCGUGCAGUGUAGCCGUGAUGUAAUGAUUUGUCCUGAUGCCAGUCUUGAAGAUGCAAAAAAGCAGGGACCGUACGACGUGGUGGUUCUUCCAGGAGGCAAUCUGGGUGCACAGAAUUUAUCAGAGUCGCCUGUGGUGAAGGAGAUUCUGAAGGAGCAGGAGAGCAGGAAGGGGCUCAUAGCUGCCAUCUGUGCAGGUCCUACAGCUCUGCUGGCUCAUGAAAUUGGUUUUGGAAGCAAGGUCACAACACACCCAGGGGCUAAGGACAAAAUGCUGAAUGGAAGUCACUACAACUACUCAGAGAGCCGCGUGGAAAGGGAUGGCCUGAUCCUCACCAGCCGAGGGCCGGGGACUAGCUUCGAGUUUGCACUGGCCAUUGUGGAGGCGCUCAGCGGCAAGGAGGUGGCUGACCAAGUGAAGGCACCACUUAUUCUCAAAGACUAGAGCCCAAGCCCUGGACCCCAAGGUCGAGGCAGACCAUUGGAAGCCAGUGCCUAUCCUCGGCCCAUACUGUGUCCAGAAGCCAGUGAGCCUCUGGAACUAGCGUGUGAUGUAGCCACCACAUGGGGAUCCCACCCCGAAGCCUAGGUCUGUACAUUUCUGAAUGUUCCUAGUAGAAUAAACAGUUUACCAACUCCUGGCA